AUGGGAGCAGUACUAUUUUAUUGUCAUUUGGUUAUAUACAAUUCCCUUCGCCGCCUCUCUCUCUUCCCGAUUCUCCUGGUCUACCGUAUCCGAUUGUCCCAUUCUAGCCGGAUUACAAAAAUUCAACAAGUCACAAGUACUCGUCAAACAAUGGAUGAGCAUAUAAAGAAAAAUGUUUGGAAUUAA